AUGGGCGGCGAGGCCGUGAGUGUUCGUGUCCUCGCCCGAAUCAGACCAAUCAACAAAAACGAAGAGAAAAAGGGCGAAAAGAGUGUAGUUAUUUUCAAAGGUGAGAAUGGAGUGACUACUGAGUCACAUCCGAAGAAGUGUUUCAACUUCGAUGCAGUGUUGCAGCCAGAGGUCACUCAGAAGGAAGUGUUCGAUGAGGGCAUGAAACCCAUUGUGGAACACGUGCUCAAAGGUUACAACGCAACAAUUUUUGCAUAUGGACAAACUGCAUCUGGUAAAACAUUUACCAUGGAAGGAGCUCUCAAUGACCAAAAGAACAAAGGUGUGAUUCCUCGGAUGGUGGAUGCUCUCUUCAGCAGUGUAGACAGCGCCAAAGAGAAGACAGAGCUCUGCAUUAAGCUGUCCUAUUUCGAGAUCUACAAUGAGAAGCUGCAGGAUCUGCUCAAACCAGAAAACGACAACCUCCCUGUACACGAGAGGAAAGGGUCCCCAUACGUCAAGGGUCUACACGAGGAGUCUUUGGGGUCGCCCAAGGAGGUGAUGAAGUGUAUUGAGAAGGGCAAAAAGAACAGACACACUGGAAAGACCAACAUGAACGAACACUCCUCAAGGUCACACAGUGUAGUACAGCUCAAGGUCGAACAGUCUACGCAGAAGGGCAAGAGUAACAGUCUUCUGUUUCUGGUGGACUUGGCAGGAUCAGAAAAGGUGGCCAAAACAGGCGCCACAGGAGACAGGUUGAACGAGGCAAAGAACAUCAACAAGUCUCUCUCCUGUCUGGGAAACGUGAUCAACGCCCUCACUGAGAAGAAAAAGACACACGUACCAUACAGGGACAGCAAACUCACACGCAUUCUUCAGGAGAGUUUGGGCUGCAAUGCAAGAAUGACGAUGGUAAUUUGCUGCUCGCCCGCCAAAAUGAACGAACAGGAGACCCACUCGACACUCAUGUUCGGCCAGCGAGUGAAGACGAUCAAGAACAAUGUGAAGGCCAACACUGAGAAGUCCAGUGAGUACUGGAUGAAGAUGUACAACAAUGAGUGCAAUAAGGGAGCUAAAGUAAAGAAACUGGUGCUGAAGUUAAUCAAGGAGGCCAAAGAGCACAGAAAAGGUAAGAAGAGGUUUAAUCCAUUCCAGAAAACUGUUUCAAAUAAAAUGAGUUUUGGUUUCCAUAUCAUUUAUCAUCAAUCACCUGAUAUCAAGUCUUUCAAUAAUGCACGGCGAAUCCUUCUGAGGUUUCCAGCUCUCACUUCUAUUCAUGUAACAAAGGUGAAAUGUUUUGUUAAUCUCGAGUUUUCUGGUAUUAAAAUCUAUUCAGGUGGCAAACCCAAACCGGAAGUUGACCUGGAGGAGCUGAAGAAACUGCUGGAUGAUUUCGGCAAGGGAGACGCGCAUGCGAAGAUUGAGAAGAUGGAUGGGGACGAUGACGGCAACUCUCCUGAUACCCCUGCUGGGCAAAAGAAUAAAGAUUCGGAGAGGCUGGGCAGCAAAUUGAGCAAAACUUCAGCCGCCAAAGGAAGCAAGGCCGGAAAGGGCAAGAGCAAGGGUGGAAAGGGAUCCAAACUGAGUGGGGUGGAGGAAGGUGAUGAGGAUGGGGAGGGAGGCGCGGACGGGGAGGGGGAGGGGGACAAGAGUGCGGACGGGGGGAAGAGUGAAGACGGAGAAGAGGGUGGGGAGGGAGGCGAAGGCGAAGAUGGAGAGGGUGGGGAUGGCGGCGGUGGUAAGAGCGAAGUACCAGAAGACGUUAAGGCAGUGCUUGAGCAGGAGGUCAAACUGAAGACUGAAGAAUACGAACAGGAGAGGAACAAGAUGGUGAAGGAGAUAGAUGCAAAGGAUGACAAGAUAGCGAAGCUGACUCAGGAGCUGAAAACUCUCAAGGCACAAAUGGAGCAGCAUGGAAAUAAGUACAAAUCCGCCCAGCAGGACGGCAGAAAAGCCAUGGAACAGGUCACCGAACUCAACAGGUGGGCAAAAACUUCGUCGGUGAACAGAAUGUGGCCCAGUUUGAGUACCGAAAACCAGAUCCCUCCAGGCCGAAUGAAGGGUUCGCAGCAUCAAGAGCUCUGCUGGCAAAAGCCAAACAUUAUGCAGUGGGAGGAGGAAGGAAACAUCGGGAACUGGAGGAAGAACUAAGACGUAUGCGCAAUGACAAGGAGCAGCGGGAGGCGGCCCAGAUGGAGCAGGUGAUGAUGUUGAGUCAGGCUAAGCAGCAGAUGGACCAGAUGAAGGAGGCCAUGCAGGACCUCAAAGACGACAACGCAAGGCUGCAGUCCAACAUGCAGAAGAGAAAUGCACAGAUAGCUGCCAUGGGCAAGACGGGUGCAGACGACAUAGAUGACCCUGACCUGAAGAUGUUGAAUGACGAGCACCAGGGCCAGAUUGGGAAGAUGAGGGUGCAGCUGCAGGAGGAGAGUAGGAAGGCGGAAAGGGCCAACAGGGCGAGGGAUGACGUCAUGCAGCAGGUGGAGCGACUGAAGAGUGAGAUGCAGGCCCAAAAGGAGAAGUUCCUCAGAGAGAAGGCGGAGCUGGAGGCAGGCAAUUCAGUGCUGCAAGGCUACGAAAACGACAUGAAGGAGUUUGAGAAGAACCCUCAGAACACCCUGACUGCACCCGUGGGGGAGGGGGAGACAGACAUUGGACCCACUGCUAAGAAACAUAUCAAAACAUUAGAGGGACAAUUGGAGCAGGCAAAUUCGAGGAACAAAAGUCUGGAAGAGGAGAACCAACAGUUGAGGUCACAGGUGCGCAACUUGAACGGGGAGGUCUCCGUUGCAAAAAAGAGUGCUGAUGUUGCAGACUCAAAGUUCCGCAAGGCCACCGAAGAACAUUUGAAGGAGAGAGCUUCACUGCGAAACUCAAUCGACCAGGCGACUAAAACAAAACUUAUGAGCUCCAAAGGUAGAGGCAGCAUCAAACAGACCACAACUGCAGGCAGUCUCAAGAGGUCGGGUGCUCUUUCUGACGAUGAUGACGAUGAAGAUAGUAGUAGUAGUGACGACAGCAAGUUGUCCAGUCAUCUCAGCAAGUAGAAAAUGGUUUCAUGAGAGCCCAGUAGAACCACUGGAUCACUAACUCCACGGCCAGCAGUUCGUAGAAAGCUAG